ACAUCAACUACAGUUCCUAUUAGUUCAACCCAAACAACAACAACAACUGAUUCAAUAACAUCAACUACAAUUCACAUCAGUUCAACCCAAACAACAACUGAUUCAACAACAUCAACUACAAUUCCUAUCAGUUCAACCCAAACAACAACAACUGAUUCAACAACAUCAACUACAGUUCCUACCAGUUCAACCCAAACAACAACAACUGAUUCAACAACAUCAACUACAGUUCCUAUCAGUUCAACCCAAACAACAACAACAACUGAUUCAACAACAUCAACUACAAUUCCUACCAGUUCAACCCAAACAACAACGAUGAUUCAACAACAUCAACUACAAUUCCUAUCAGUUCAACCCAAACUACAACUGAUUCAACAACAUCUACUACAAUUCCUAUCAGUUCAACCCAAACAACAACAAUUGAUUCAACAACAUCAACUACAAAUCCUAUUGGUUCAACCCAAACAACUACAACUGAUUCAACAACAUCAACUACAAUUCCUAUCAGUUCAACCCAAACAACAACAACUGAUUCAACAACAUCAACUACAGUUCCUACCAGUUCAACCCAAACAACAACAACUGAUUCAACAACAUCAACUACAGUUCCUAUCAGUUCAACCCAAACAACAACAACAACUGAUUCAACAACAUCAACUACAAUUCCUACCAGUUCAACCCAAACAACAACGAAUUCAACAAUAUCAACUGCAAUUCCUAUUAGUUCAACCCAAACAACAACAACAACUGAUUCAACAACAUCAACUACAGUUCCUAUCAGUUCAACCCAAACAGCAACAACAGCUGAUUCAACAACAUCAACUACAAUUCCUAUUAGUUCAACCCAAACAACAACAACUGAUUCAACAACAUCAACUACAAUUCCUAUCAGUUCAACAAACAACAACAACUGCUGAUUCAACAACAUCAACUACAAUUCCUAUCAGUUCAACCCAAACAGCAACAACAGCUGAUUCAACAAUAUCAACUACAAUUCCUAUUAGUUCAACACAAACAACAACAACAACUGAUUCAACAACAUUAACUACAAUUCCUAUCAGUUCAACAACAACAACUGAUUCAACAACAUCAACUACAAUUCCUAUCAGUUCAACCCAAACAACAACAACAACUGAUUCAAUAACUUCAACUACAAUCCCUAUUAGUUCAACACAAACAACAACAACUGAUUCAACAACAUCAACUACAAUUCCUAUCAGUUCAACCCAAACAACAACAACAACUGAUUCAACAAUAUCAACUACAAUUCCUAUCAGUUUAACACAAACAACAACAACAACUGAUUCAACAACAAUAACUACAAUUCCCAUCAGUUCAACAACAACGAUUGAUUCAACAAUAUCAACUGCAAUUCCUAUCAGUUCAACACAAAUAACAACUACAACUGAUUCAACAACAAUUCCAAAUAGUUCAAUACAUACUACAGCUGAUGUAUUAACUACUACUACAACAGCACAAGUAACGAAUAAACCUCCGACAACAACCUGGCCGGCAACAACUUCUACAACACAAAAACCAACUGGGCCGAGUUACGUUGGAUUUGUAAUUGACGAUACUAGUUCGAUGGAAAACGAAAUCGUCGCUGUUAAAGAAUGGAUUUCAAAUUGUGUGACCACAAACUACGCUUCUUGUGGUAACCCUCCAACUGGAGGGUGGGUGCUGUCGACCUUUAAUGAUCCAACCAUCGGUAGAGUAGUAGGUCCGACAACAGAUAUCAAUCGAAUAAUUACAGCUCUGGACGCAUUGCAAGUACAUGGCGGUGGCGAUUGUCCCGAACUCAGUAUGACAGGAAUAAAGAAUGCGGCAAAGGUUAUACCUGAGCAGAACACAGGUUGCAAGAUCUUCUUUUUUACUGACGCAACGUCAAAGGACGGGUACACAUUCAAAAGCACAAUGAGCGUUUUUACAAAAAACAAUUGUGUGUUUAUACCUGUAUUAACGGGUUGUUGUCACGAAUGUGAGGAUCCGUGUGUUUCUCAAGACUCGGAAUACUGCACAAACUACGUCACAGACGACAGGGCAGAUUUAUUCUUGCGAAAGAAACAAGACUACGGUGUUGGAUCGACUCCCGCUGAGAGGAUGUACUAUGACCUUGCUAGUACCACAGGGGGGGCGAUUAGUUUAACUGACAAACCUACAAGUCCGGAACAUUUAUUGGAAUUCCUGGAACAGGAAGUUACUCUCGGUUACUGUCCAACCACGGAACUUGCAGGUCCACCACCUUUUGGGUAUACCAACAUACACGACUGCAACGUCACUAAUUCUUGUUGGGACCAUAGUGUGAGAAAAUGUUAUUGUCCAAGUACAUCUAAAUGUUCCAAAGACCCAAUCACAGCUUCAACGACAACAGUUGAAACACACGACCCUCAUUUAAGUGCAACUACCACUGCAAUACCGCCAGCCACACACAGUUCGUCCACAACGACAACUUCACGACUAUCAACAACCCCAAUUAUACCAACAACAACAACAAUAACCACUUCCACGACUUCGCAAAAACCGGCAGCUCCAACGUAUGUUGGUUUUGUAUUGGACGAUACUGUUUCGAUGAACAAUGAAAUAGAAGCAGUAAAGAAAUGGAUUACUGACUGCACGUACAACAACAUGUACACCACAUGCGGAAACGCACCGAGCGGUGGUUGGGUUCUAACGACGUUCAACGACCCAACCCUUGGCGCGACUACUGGACCCACAACAGAUGUCAAUCAUAUCAUUUCAGUCCUUGACAAAGUCCAAGUACAUGGCGGUGGGGAUUGUCCCGAAUUAAGCAUGUCUGGCAUUAAGAAUGCGCUGAAAGUUAUACCAAAGAACAACGGCGGAUGCAAAGUUUUCUUUUUCACCGACGCCACUGCAAAAGACGCAUACUUGUUUUCAAGUACACUAAAAAUAUUUGAGGAAAAUCUUUGCGUGUUCAUACCGAUAUUAACCGGUUGCUGUCACGAAUGCGAAGAUCCUUGUGUUUCACAAGACGCGGAAUAUUGCACAAACUUCGUCACUGACAACCGGGUACAGACACCAUCACAGCAUGCGUCACGUAGCUAUGGCAAGCCGGCAGAGAGAUUGUACUACGACAUGGCUAGUAGUACAGGUGGUGCAAUUUAUUUGACCGACAAGCCCAGUGACCCAGACGAGAUGCUGGAUUUUUUGGAAGAGGAACUAACUCUUGGUUUCUAUAAGAGCAGACAACUUGCCGGUCCAUUACCAUACGGUUAUACAAACGAACAUGAUUGUAAUACGACGGGUUCUUGGUGGGAUCGCAGUGUUGGAAAAUGUUACUGUUCAAGCGAGACCGGCCCUUGUCCGACAGCUCCAGUGUUUCCAGAUUGCGGUAAAGUUAGGGGCGAAAGCUUCGUGGCAGACGUGACCGACAACACUAAAUAUUUUGAAUGCAGUUUUGGCAGAACAUGGCUGCAUCAGUGUCCCCCCAGAACCUUGUUCGAUUCAAAUGUGCUGGGUGUAACAGGUGAUUCUACAUCUCCACCUUGCAGAAGAGCAGAUGUGGGCGGAAAGAAAGUAGAAAACUAACAUGUUUAGUUGUAGUGUGUAAAAAUGUUUCAAUUGUGGUGCUGCUGUAUUAACAAAAAUAAAACUGACAAAACAA